CACAUCCAAACCAUUAGCCACUAUACCUUUAAACAAGCUCUUUCUCUUUUCCCUUCUAAUCAACAAUGGCGGCUAUGCUUAUGAAGAUGUCUUGUGCGUUGGUGUUUGUGAUGGUUGUGGUGGCGAUGUGGUCGCCGGAGGUGGAGGCAGUGACAUGUGGUGAAGUCGUGAGCGCCGUCGCACCGUGUCUUGGGUACCUGAGGAACGGUGGUGCUCCGCCAAGGGUGUGUUGUAAUGGGGUUAGAGGGAUUAGAAACAAAGCAAGAACCACCGGCGAUCGGAAAACCAUCUGCAAUUGUUUGAAGAGUGCUUCUUCGUCUUACCGUGGUGUUAGCGGGAAUUAUGCCGCGAGUCUCCCCGGAAAAUGUGGUAUCAACUUCCCUUACAAGAUCAGCCCAUCCACCGACUGCAACAGGAUCCAGUGAAGAAGCAAAGGAGGAAAGAGGCACAGAAUAAGACCCACAAAAGUCUCUUCUUAAUUUGGUGCAUUUGCAAUUGAUUAGUGAUGAUGUCGGCUUUAAAAUCUAGGACUAUGUAAUAUGAAAACAUUCGUACAAGUAUGAAUAAAGUGAUAUUAUCGUUUUUAAAUUUAUCUGAAAA